CUGCACCCAGGCUGCCAGUGCCAUCCCUCCUGCUAAAUCCAACCACCGUGCCUCUACUUAGUCUGCCAGCCUGCCCCCCCCCCCCAACUCCUUGUGCCCUCUCUCCUGGCCCCUGGCAGUCACACAGACCCCCAGCACCUGGCACUACCCCCUGGCUACUGCCAGCCAUGGAGAGCAAGCGCUGCUUUACCAACCCCUUCUCUGACUACAAAGGCAGCUUGCUGACCGGCCAGAGCUGUGAGUCUGGGGUCCCUCUCAUCCUCAGGAAAGUGGAGAGCAUUCUCCAGCAGCUGCCCACACAGGGGGGCCAGGAGGGCGGGCUGUAUGGAGGGCUGGCCGGGGUGGCUUACAUGCUCUACCAAGUCUCCCAAAGCAAGCUGUUCAGCUCUCAGAGGGAGAGCUACCUGCACAGAGCCUGCACCCUGAUAGAGUCCUGUGUCCUUUACUAUGACAAUGAGCAGGACAGGGAGACCAGGGCAUCCUUCCUGCUAGGUGGGGCUGGGGUCUAUGCAGUGGCUGCCCUCAUCUACAAAGCUUCUGGGCUCAAGGACUUCAAUAAACCCCUCGAGAAGUUUAAGGAACUGUGGAGGAUCUGUGUCCCCCUGGGCUUCCUGGAGUGUGGCUCAGAUGAGCUUUUUGUGGGGAGAAGUGGCUACCUGUGUGCUGCCCUGGUGAUUAAACAGAAGUUGGGUGUUGAGGUAAGAGGGGUGUCUUCUCCGUGUGCCCAGGGGUGUCCUACCAGUGACGGAUAAAAAGUAGUGCAAACUGUGUGUCCCCUCUGGGCACAAAUGCAAUUAUAUGUACAUCGUAAUUAAUAAGCUUCAAAUGUCAACAAGAUAGUUAAAUCCAAGAAUUGCUGAAAAUCACAAUGAUAUGUUAUUGAGUUUUGGAAACAUUAGCAGAGUAUAAGUGUUUGCUUACUAUGGUCACUGAAAUCAAAACAUAUAUUAAAGGGAAAACAGACUUGCCAAUAAAUGGUAGGCAGAGUUAGCUUUCAUUGAUGCACAGUGAGCUGAGUCAGGUUGCUCUGUGGUAAAUAUGUAAUAUAAUAUCUUUACACAGGAAUUUCUUCACUACAAAGUGAAGUAGACAAAAAAAUUGGCCUAAAUUAUGCAAUACAUUUAUCAUUUCGUUAAAAUAUAAAUUGUUAGUGUACAAACUAUUUAAAAUACUCACAUAAGUGAAAUGAGACUGAACAACAGAGAAUUUUGGUGUGGGGUCUAACACUUCAAUAGGCAAAAUAGGGGCAGGCACCAUCCACCAUUUUCUUGUAAGUAGAUAGCUCAAGAGCUUUUUAAAACCUAUACUGAAUACUUUCCCCAGGUUUAAGAAAUUUAAAUAAUCAGUUACUGAGUAUGGUCCUUUCCUAUGGUGAUAUGCAGCAUAUUUCCAUACUGCUAUAUUGUUCAUUAAAAUUUUAAAGACGUUGCAUAAGAAAAAAAAAGUAGUUUUAAAGACAAUAGUAUUAGUGUCUAUCAUAUCCAGUAACACUUUAUUGGUAUUUUCCCCUUCUGCUAUGCAAAUGGCACUCAGAUAUAUACUGCUGGCAGAGAGUAUGAAAGAAUUGUUUUAAUGAACACAUCAUCCACAAGGGUAAGGGGCAUUUCUGGGGACUAACCUAAGUGAGUACCUGAAAAUCACCAGGUCUGGCUAGAAAUAUAGAGGGAGACAUGACAACUUCAAUUUCAUUGUGACAAUUAUAUUUUGAUACACCAUAUCCCUAACACAUACAUGAAAGCUCCUUUCCCCCAAACAUUUACUAUAGCCCUUUCAUCCACACAGAUACACACUACAUCCCCUCUCCACACACACUACACCACUAACACACUACACUGCAAACAGCCCUAUUCACAGCCACAGCCACAGCCACAGCCACAAAACAAUCUCCCCUGA